AUGUUACGGAGAAUGUUUAAGAAAGCUGACAAGGAACCGCCUGAUUUUGUUAAAAAAGCCUGGCCAAUUGAGGACCAUUUCAUUCCAAACGCUGACGACGCCCUUGGACGAUCCACCGCUGGUGUUGCUGACAACACGAAAUCAAAGACAACCGACGGUUGGGACAACGACAAUCGUUUGCUCUCAGAAGCUAUCAUCCAACCUCCGGACGGCGGUUGGGGUUGGGUGGUCGUUGCUUCGGCGUUUGCCAGCAACCUGAUCGAUGGAGCUUGCGUUUUCAACGCCGGAUACAUCUUCCUUCCAUCGUGGAUAGACUAUUUCAACACAACUUCGUCUUCAGCCUCAUGGGUUCUGGCUAUAAUGUCAUCGUGGUAUUUUCUUGGAGGACCGUUUGGCAGCGCCAUCGCGAACACGUUCGGCUUCCGAGUGGUUGGUUUUAUUGGCGCUACUCUCGCAUGCUCAGGAUUUCUGAUCAGCGUAUUUGCCCCCUCCUUAUCGUUUCUAUGCUUCUCCUACGGAUUUCUCAUCGGCACGGGUUUCGGGUUCUUGUUUAUGCCAACUGUCCUGAUUAUCAGCUUUUAUUUUAAAAAGCGAAGAGCUCUGGCUCUCGGUAUAGCUGCAGGUGGCACCGGCUUCGGACAGCUGGUGUUCGCGCCUGUUCUGGAGCUGCUGCACUCUUAUUAUUCAUGGCAGGAGAUGUGCGUCUUGAUGGCCGGCAUCUCCAUGCAAUGCUACGUGUGCGUAACGCUGUACAGACCCUUGAACCCCACCGCUGACCAGAUAAAGAAUGUCGAGAACGUGAUGGCAAGUUGUGGAGAGAAGAAGGUCGAGACCAUCACAACGGCGUUUGACACCGGCUCCGUCAUUCAGGCAACUGCCAGUCUUUCCAGAGCAUCGUCCAUCAGCAGCGCAUCGUCGGUGUUCCGUUCCAGAAGUCCAUCCAUCGCUACCUCUGCCGGUCAGACCACGUCCAGCUCCAUUGCAGGACGACGGAAAAGCAUUACAGUUCCAGACAGUAACUUCGUCAAGCGUACUAUAUCCGUCGAUCUGGAAUUUGAUUCAGAAAAUUUGAUUGACCGAAGGACUCUACGCAAGUUGAGUCAGGGCAGUAUUGCAACCAUCAAUCAACCUUUGAACAGAAUGGAUAUCUUCUCACCGAACCUUUCUCGACAGAAUACCAUUGGCACGCGUUAUAAACCAAGACUGACCCCCUGCGAGUGCUCCAAAGAACAACAGACGACGGAGGUAAUCGAAUCUGAAGGGAUUUUGAUGACUCUUUGGUCAUCCUUGAAGCAAAUGCUAGACCUGAAGCUUUUCAUGAGUCCCACAUUCCUCGUUUGGGUGUUCAGCGGAUCCCUGAUGUCAUUUGGAUUUUUCGUGCCAUUCACCUACCUGCCGAUGUUUGCCAUUCUUAUUGGACAUUCUUCACAGAACGCAAGCUUACUGGUGUCCAUUAUUGGAGUAGUGAACACUGCCGCCAGGGUGUUGGUCGGACUGAUUGCAGACAGACCUAAUGUCGACGCGAUCGUAGUCCAGAAUGUCUCGAUUCUCCUUGGGGGCGUUGCAACGCUGCUGCUUCCUCAUUUCACUAGCUAUUGGCAAUUGGUUAUCUACAGUGUGUUUUUCGGAACAGCUUGCGCCUGCUACACUUCGCUACGUUCGAUCGUCUGCAUCGAGCUAAUGGGCCUGAACAAUUUAACGACCGCCACUGGAUGGAUUUUCCUGUUUCUUGGUGUUGCGAAUCUUGUCGGAUCACCUACUGUAAGUCGCAUAAUACAGAACUACGCAAAUUGCUUCGAGUUGCAUUGA